GAGGUAUUGGUCCUACCAAGGCCUCCCUUCCAUUUUAUUAUUGACUUGCACCCUAUGUUUACUCCCACAGUUCCAUUCCGAUAAUUGUUUCUCUUCUGGCUAUUGACUUACCUAAUGCUUGGCCCCCUUUCCGUGUUGUCCGCUGCAUUCUUGUCUAUGUUGGCCCAUGAGCUUUUGUCUUAGCCUCUCCCGUGAGUUGUCAAGCUAUUAUUUGAACCCUUAGCCUCUUCCUUUGAGACUUGUCCUGCGUGAGAAACUAAUGAGUGCAGAGCCUUCCUUUUUCCUUUGUGUGAGAGAGGUAAAACCAGAGAGUUGAGAGCUGAGUGUUCUCCUCCUUCCUUGAUGCCCUUUGUGUGGAACCUUAGGAGUGUAAACAUGUUGAGUGGUGGAGUGAGUCUAGCCUAAAGUGGUGUGUGUGAGUCUAGCUAAAGGGUUGGAGACCUGAGCCGGAAAGGAAUCGACUCCCAACAGUGGUAUCAGAGCUUGUGUUGUCGUCGCCGUCGAUUUUGCCGGUUUCCAUAGUCUGGAACGUCUCCGCCGCCGUCCGCCGCCGUCCGCCGCCGUCCGCCGCCGUCCGCCGCCGUUUCGAGUCACUCGAGGUCUCUGUUCUUCCGCCGUUGAAGUCGGUGCUGGUCUAGUUCGCCGCCGCAGAGAGUUGCUGGUUGCAGAGGACCGCUCGCCGGAGAUCGUCGCUGGAGCCGCCACCUACCUUCGUCGCUGCAGGCCACCGUCGCAGAAAGCUCGGCCAAAUCCGUUCGUCGCUGGGCUUGAGCUGAAGAAGCUUGAAGCGUGGAGCUCGAAUCUUGAGCUUGAAGCAGAAAGCUUGGAGCCGGAGGUCUCUUGUAGCCGGAGCUUGGAAGCCUGGGAGCUGUCGCCGGAGAUAGCUCGCCGCUCGCCACCACCGGCCGCCUAUCGCCGUUCGUCAGUCGCUAGCAGCUCACCGGAAUUCCGUCACCGGUGAGUCUCGCCGCUGGCUUGGAAUUCAUCUCAGCUCUUCGUUUGUCACAGGUCUCGCGUAGAAGGAACCAAAUAGCUGGGGCAGGGGCUGUACUUAGACCGUGGGCUGCUCGUUUGUUGGUUUUAUCUGGACCUGUGCCUCUGGAGCUGCUGGAUAAGUUUGACUGGGCUUCAACAAUUGAGCUUCUGGAUUGGAGCUGGAUUGGAGGUGGGUUUUCUGCUUUGUUGCUGUGCUGGAGGGGACUUGGACGGCUGGAGUUGUUGGGCUGCUUGGACCUUGGGUGCUGGACCUUGGGCUGCUGGAUUGCUAAAGGAGCCAGAUUGCAAGGAGAAAGUUUCACGCCAGGGAUGGUCAAACCUGGUCAACGGGCAGUCAAACCAGUCAAUACAAGUAAACAGUCAAACCGAAAAAUCCCAAUUUUUGAAAUUGGGUGGGUAAGGUCGAAACGCCUCUCCUAGGGUUUCGCUCCGGUAUAUUGACUUUAAUCCCUUUUACGCUUUUGUAGUGAUUUUAGUCUUUUAUUGUGUAGAAAUUAUAUUUUAGGGUUAUUACUGUUGUUAAAAUUGUUUGAAUUGUUGUAUUGUGUUUGUGCUGAAAAAUUAUUAUUUAUUUGUGCUUAUACGGAAGAACAAGGGGUUUGAAGUUGAGUUUGGUGCUCAUUAAUACUCCCCACGUGUUCGUGCUAGUUGCUCCGUAUAGUUGUAGCCUUAUAAAUAUUUAAAUUGUUUUUCAGCGAAAUUUACAUUUUAUUUUGUUGCUUGUUUUUCUAUGUGAAAAUGUCUGCUUAUAAUCAGUAUGGUAUGGCUCCAUUUAAUGGAAAAUCUGAUUUUAGCAUUUGGAAGCAAAAAAUUAAAUGUAUUUUAAUACAACAAAAAUGUUUUAAAGCAGUUGGCGAAACCUAUUUAAUUUCUGACACGGAAGAUAAAAGGGCUGAAAUGAAUGAAAAUGCAUGUUCUGUGAUUUAUUUGAACUUAUCUGACUCCGUGAUUAGAAAAGUUGGAAUUUUAGAGAGUGCUAAAAUUCUGUGGGAUAAAUUGAAUGAACUGUAUACUGAGACCUCUUUGCCUAACCGGAUAUUUUUACUUGAGAAAUUCUUCAAAUUUAGACUAGAUAUGUCUAUGGAUAUUGAAGAAAAUCUAGAUGUUUUUACCAAACUUAUUUCAGAUAUUAAGUUGUGUGGUGAUAAGCAUAUAGAUGAUUAUUCCCCUAUUGCUCUUUUAAAUGCUAUUCCUGAUUCCUUUAGUGAUGUGAAAUCUGCUAUUAAGUAUGGUAGAGAUAACGUGACUCUUGACAUUGUGGUAAAUGGUCUUAAGAGUAAGGAAUUAGAUUUAAAACAGAUGGGAGAGGGUAGAAAAUCCGAGGAAGUUAUGCAUGUGAGGGGUAGAGAAAAUAAUAGUAGACGACAUAGAUCUAAGUCUAGGUCUAAUUCGAGGCGUUGCUAUUAUUGUCAUGAACCUGGUCAUUUCAUAAAAGACUGUCCUAAAUCUAGGAAAAAUGAGCAUAGUGAGCAUGCUAAUUUGACUACGUGUGUAGAUGAUUUAGGUGAUGUUUUUAUGAUGAAAAAUCUAUGUGAUUAUGACUAUUUGAGUUCUGUGAUAUCUGAUUCUUUGGGUAAAUCAGAUUGGGUGGUAGAUUCUGGUUGUAGUUUUCACAUGUCCCCUUUGAAAAAUGUUUUUUCAAACUAUAGAGAGAUUGAGCAUGGCUUUGUGUCUUUAGCAAAUGAGAAGAAAUGCAAUGUGCUAGGAAUAGGAGAUGUAUGCCUUAGGUUUUCUUCUGGUUAUGUGCUUACUUUGAAGAAUGUUAGGCAUGUUCCUGAGCUGUGUUGUAAUUUGCUAUCUUGUGCAUCUCUUGAAAAUGAGGGUUUGAAGGGAAAAUGGGGAAAGGGAGUCAUGAAAGUUGUGAAGGGUUGCUUAGUUGUUUUCAAAGCUGAGAUGAAAAACAACUUGUAUGUUUGUCAUGCUGAACCCCUACUUGAUUCUGUGAAUUGUGUGCAACCCUGUGUGCUAGGAAAACAGUCUAGAGUUGGUUUUCCUGAUCUGCCUAAGUGUACUAAUGUGCUUGAUUGUAUUCAUGCUGACUUGUGGGGUCCUUAUAGUGUUUCCACUCAUGGUGGGAAAAAUUAUUUUCUGACGUUUAUUGAUGAUUUUUCAAAGAAAGUGUGGGUUUUGUUGAUUGAAAAUAAAUCUGAAGUUUUUGAUAAGUUUAAAAACUGGAAAACCCUUGUUGAAAAACAAACCGAUAAGAAAAUAAAUUUUUUAAGGACCACUGUCAGUUUUGAUUUCUGUGAUGAUCAGCUUGGAGAUUUAUGUGAUACUUGGGGUAUUUCUAUGCAUAAAUCUGUUCCCUCCACACCCCAACCGGAUGGGGUUGCUGAGAGGAUGGUUAGAACGUUAUUAGAGAGGGUGAGGGCUAUGUUAGCUUCAUCUGGGCUCUCUAAUAAGUUCUGGGGGGAAGCUAUUUGUUAUGCUGUUGAUUUGAUUAAUCUGUCCCCGUCUGUUCCCUUAGGAGGGAAAUGCCCUGAAUCUGUGUUCAUGGGCAAACCACUUAAUUUGCCAAAUUUGAGAGUGUUUGGUUGUGCUGCUUAUGUGAAUCGUGUGAAUGAUAAAUCUGAACUUAGGACUAAGGAAUAUGUUUUCUUAGGAUAUCAUGAUUGCAUGAAAGGUUAUAGGCUUUGGUGUAGGAGUGAAACUUGCUUCAAUGUGUUGAUGAGUAGAAAUGUCAUUUUUGUUGAAAAUGAAUUUCCUUGCCUGCUUGUUUCUCCUGAUGUUGCUCCAAAUGAGGUGGAGCAUUUGCCUGAUGUUCAUUCUGAUUUAUUUGUUGAAACCAAACCCAAAUUUGUGAAUGAAAAUGUUUUUCAUUGUGAAAAUAAAGAAAAUAAUAUUUCUAUUAAGGUGGAGCAUGAUAUGAAUGUUGUGUGCAAUAUGCUUGAGUUGCGUGAUUGCCAUGUUAUUAGAGAUAGAGACAUUAGGAAGCAUGUGAGAAAUUAUAUGUGCAAUGUGUUUGACUAUAUUUCCUCUGAGUUUGCUUUAAAUGUGCUUAAUUCUCUUUUAAUUAAAAUCUUUGUGAUAUUUGGUAUGCUAUUUUCUUUGUAUUUUGAAAAUGUGAUACCAAGUGAUUAUGUGAGCUCUACCUGUGCUAGUUAUAGAAAUAAUAUUGUUUCUUUUAUUUUCUUUGUGCUUGUUAUGUGUGGUUGUUGGAUUAGUUGGAAUCCCCAACUUCUCCCAGAUGCUUGCUUGCGUGCCUUAUUAACAUGUGUUGUGCUUGUUAAUAGUUUUGUGAUGGUUUUGGUUCUGAACUCGAGGACCGAUUGGUAGAGUUCAGUCCAUCGUGAAGUGGGUUUGCACGGUAAGCUUGGUCCGAAAGGGAACUUUGGUUCUCAUAUAUUACUUGUAUGAUCGCAAUGAUGUACUUGUAAUAAUCCGGCGAUGAUGAGUCUCCUCACAACUUUGUGUUGCUACUCUACACCACCUAGGACCAAUAAGGUGGAGAAUGUUGGAGGUAUUGGUCCUACCAAGGCCUCCCUUCCAUUUUAUUAUUGACUUGCACCCUAUGUUUACUCCCACAGUUCCAUUCCGAUAAUUGUUUCUCUUCUGGCUAUUGACUUACCUAAUGCUUGGCCCCCUUUCCGUGUUGUCCGCUGCAUUCUUGUCUAUGUUGGCCCAUGAGCUUUUGUCUUAGCCUCUCCCGUGAGUUGUCAAGCUAUUAUUUGAACCCUUAGCCUCUUCCUUUGAGACUUGUCCUGCGUGAGAAACUAAUGAGUGCAGAGCCUUCCUUUUUCCUUUGUGUGAGAGAGGUAAAACCAGAGAGUUGAGAGCUGAGUGUUCUCCUCCUUCCUUGAUGCCCUUUGUGUGGAACCUUAGGAGUGUAAACAUGUUGAGUGGUGGAGUGAGUCUAGCCUAAAGUGGUGUGUGUGAGUCUAGCUAAAGGGUUGGAGACCUGAGCCGGAAAGGAAUCGACUCCCAACAACCAUAAUCAUAAUCCGCCUUCUUCUGGCGCUGGAGUGAUUUUGCCGUAUAACAUGCACCAGCAGAUGAUGAUCCACGAUUCUCAUCCAGAUUCUGACCAGCAUCAUCAGUUAAUGGAACCUCAUCAUCAGUUGAUGAUUGGGGAGCCCACGGACAUGUUCCGGGCUUACGAUCAGCAACAACCGCAGCAGCUCGAGCUCAUGGGGCUUAAUAAUGGAGGAUUCGAAUCCGGUGGGCCGGUCACAGCCACCGGAUAUCAUCAGUCGACUGUUCCGACAGCGGCUAUGUCGCCUUCCUUGGCUUUGGGAGCAUACCCCAAUGCUUGUUAUUCCUUCCAGGAGGACCAAUCUCAUCCGCAUGACCAUCCACAGAUUGUUCAUCAGCUUCAGCCACAACAGCUAAUACUUCAACAAGAACCGCAGCAGAAUCCAGAGACCCAAAGCGAGGAGGAAGGUCGGAGCGUUGGUCAUCCUUCGUGCUAACGUCUUGUCAAAGCUCCCUUGCCGUCUAUGUGAUUCAUUCAUUCCACCCAUGCGGUUUCCUACCUAGAAUCAACCAAUACAGCCACAUCAACCAGAACUUCAUAAAUUUCAGCAGAAUCAGCCAAUACAGCCGAUUUGGCUAUUACCAAAUGGGGUCUUAAUAUAUAUCUUCAAUCUGUUGGAAGAAAAAGCUAAUUUGGAACUAGAGACAUGUGAUAAAUAAGCGUCAAGGAAGUUUGUGCAUUUGAAGAAAAUCAUAAAGCUUGGGGAGUUACGACAUCAAUGCUGGAGCUGGAUGGAUUAAUCUUGAAGACAGUGAAACAUUCAUGUUUACAUUUCACAUCUAUUUAAUCCGUUUCACAUAUUGUGUUUACCAUUUAUAUUUCCCUUCUCUUCCUUUUUAUUAUUGUUUUAAGUUUUAAGUGAUUAUAAUAGCUUUAAUUUGUAUUUGAAGUAUGUGCUUUUACAGAAUGUUUUUAAUUAGACUGAAGUUUCUAAUUUGGUUUCGUCUAUUUAAUUCUGGUAGAUGUUUAGUUUAUUUGUGUUCUAUAACCA